UAGUGCCACUUCCUACCACGCUGUCAUGACCACCUGAAGCGGGCCGGAGAUUGUCGACACUAUAUUGGCGGAGUACACGAGCUGAAAAACCCAAUCUCGAGAUAUUCCGUGCGUGUUAUAACUUUUGAGAGAAGGCAUAAGCUCUCUGGGACCCCUAAAAUGAGCAGACACCAAAAUGGGGAGGAGGAGUACAGGAACCCAACAGAGGUGAAGAAGUGCCAGAUAGUGAUGCCCUGCCAUGCCAACCACCGCCAGGAGCUCAGCGUGGGCGAGCUGCUCAAAUGGAUGGACUCUACAGCCUGUCUGUCAGCUGAAAGGCAUGCUGGGUGUCCCUGUGUCACUGCCUCGGUCGAUGACAUCCACUUUGAACACACUAUUGGGGUUGGACAGGUGGUCAACAUCAAGGCCAAAGUCAAUCGAGCUUUCAACACCAGUAUGGAGGUUGGCAUCGUGGUGAGCUGUGAGGACCUGUUCAGCGAUAGCCACUGGAGGGUGUGUCAGGCAGUUGCCACGUUUGUCAGCCAGCGCACUACGGAAGGGAAGGUGCAGCUGCGUCCGUUGGUCCCCCGUACCCAGGCGGAGCAGGUGGAGCACAGUCUAGCAGCUGAGAGGAGGAGGAUGAGGCUCGUCCACGCUGACAUCAUAAAGGACCUGCUCACCAACAGGGCAUUCCAACAAGUGGAGGUCCAGGAGGCUGAGAAGGCGGUGCCAGCAGAGAGGACACGGGUGGAGAGUGUUGAGUUGGUUCUUCCUCCUCAUGCCAACCACCAGGUCAACACGUUCGGAGGACAGAUCAUGGCCUGGAUGGAGAACGUGGCUACCAUCGCUGCUAGUCGUCUGUGUAACGCCCACCCCACCUUGCAGAGCAUAGACAUGUUCCAUUUCAGGGGUCCCUCGCACGUGGGUGACCGGCUGGUCCUCAAAGCCAUCGUCAACAAUGCAUUCAAGAACAGCAUGGAGGUGGGCGUGUGUGCGGAGGCUUAUCAGGGGGAGGAGCCUCUGAGACACAUCAACAGCGCCUUCAUGAUCUUCGAGGUCCGCGACCGGGAAGGCAAGCCCUGCACGUUGCCAAGGAUACAACCCGAACCGCUGGAGGGAAGGAGACGUUACCAGGAGGCCAUUGCUAGAAAGAAGAUCCGACUCGACAGGAAGUACAUAAUAUCCUGCAAGCAGACAGAGGUGCCCUUAUCUGUACCGUGGGACCACAGCAACCAGGUGUACCUCAGCUACAACAACGUGUCUGCUCUGAAGAUGCUGGCCGCUAGAAACAACUGGGUAUUAAACUCUGAGAAAAACAAGGUGAGCCUGUACACCCUGGAGCAGAAGCAGGUGUUGAGUUUUAAGGUUGAGACGGAGGUAGACGUCCCGGCUGAGAGGGCCUUCAUGCUGCUCUCUGACCUCAGCAAGAGAGUGGAGUGGGACCCAAACUAUGAGAGGUGUGAGCUGAUUCUUAGGGUGGACGAUGAUGACUCUCUGUACCGCUUGGUGACUCCUUCCAUAGGCCAGGGCGGGGUCAGUAACAGCCCUUCAUCCAAUCAGGGAGGGAUGGUCCAGGACUUCAUCCUCCUGGCCUCCAGGAGACCACCUUGUGACAGCGGGGACCCUUAUGUUAUUGCUCUGCGUUCGGUCACUCUACCCACACACCCUCCUAUAGAGGGCUACAACAGGGGAGAGGUGCUGUGUGCCGGCUUCAGCAUACUGGAGGUCUCCAAAAAUAUCUCCAAGAUCUCCUAUUUCAACCAGGCGUCUCCCGAGGUCCUGCCCUACAUCUCGACAGACAUCGCCGGGCUCUCCUCCAGCUUCUACGGCAUCUUCUGCUCCUGUAACACCUUCCUCCAGGAGAACAGGGAGGACCAUGCCUCCACCCCCAGUCCCAACUAGAGAGACCAACCACCCUUCUCCACACUAAAAAGUACACAACUGUAACCCCUUAUCCUCACCACCCUGACCCCCUCACCCUUGAUGACUAUUGUACUGAUCGAUUGAACAAACUUCCAUUAGAUGAUCUGAUUAUCUUCAACUGUUUAUUAGACUGAUUAAUGAAAGGAGCCUGUUCCCAGAUCUGUGCAGUCUUGCCAACUCCUAUGGUCAUUGACAAUGACCAUGAAUGUAGGAUUUAGCAAAACAGAUCUGGGACCAGGCUAUAAUGAAAGAAGAUUUUGGAGCAUCUACAGUGAAAUUGUGUGGAUUGAACAGGACUCAAUCCAGCACCUGGACAGUUUUUGGGGAUGUGAGCAAUGCAUAUGACUACCCCUAAAGCACUUGUCUCCCUACACUCCCCACCUGUGUUCAUUAGAUUGACACCCAACCCCCUGUGACCUGGCUCAACCAUGCCCAGAGCCCUCUGGCCUCUGCACACGCUAAGAUGAUCCAUGAAGUUGACAACAAGGAUUAUUCGUAUGGAAAACGAUAUACUUUUCUUUUUGAACAAUGUUCCAAUCAUAACUUGUGAAAAAUGAGACAAUGUUUGAAAUCAAUUUAAAGUAUUUAAACUUUUCCAGAGAAAGAAUACUAACGAGAUGUUGUUUUUUACUGAGAAGGGCUCUUUUAUUUGACGAAGGGUCAGAAUUGCAUUUGAUAUGUCGGAUAUGUUUUUAGGCAAUUAAAUGUUGAACUUUACACAUAAGAUAAGAUAUUGUUAUCUAAGAUAAUAUAUUGUUAUCUUAAACUAAGGCAAUUAAAAAAAGUGAAUAUAUUGAACAUUGAAUAGAAAAUACAAAAGAUAGUACACAAUUAUUGCUAAUAAUCUUACAAUAAAUAUUUUAUGAUGAAAUUGAA